CCAAGACAAAAUUCAGAGAGUAUUAUAUCAGCAACCAAAAUUUAGACUGCUAUAAUAUAUGAGCCUCCUGCCUUGACCUCAACACAUCAACAAUGGAAGAAGAAGUGAAGCUAAUAGGGUUUUGGCCAAGCACAUAUGUUUACAGAGUGAUAUGGGCUCUAAAGCUCAAGGGUGUGAAAUAUGAGUACAUAGAAGAAGACCUUUCAAACAAGAGUGAAUUGCUUUUGCAGCUCAACCCAGUUCACAAGAAGGUCCCGGUGCUUGUUCAUCGUGGCAAGCCGAUUGCCGAGUCCUCUGUCAUCCUUGAAUACAUCGAAGAAACUUGGCCGGGGAAUUAUCGUCUGCUGCCUCAAGAUGCUCACGAAAGAGCCUCCGCGCGGUUUUGGAUCCAAUUUUAUGUGUAUCAGGCUCCCAUUUUUGGUGCAUUCUUCGAAUUAACUGCCGGGGAAGAGCGAGAAACGACAAUAAAAGCAGUAUUGGAAACCCUGAAAAUAUUGGAAGAGCAAGGCCUCGGAGACAAUAAGUUUUUUGGGGGUGAAACUAUAAGCUUAGUAGACAUAACACAUGGUUGGGUGCCUCACUGGUUUGAGGCCAUUGAAGAAAUGGUUGGUGUCAAGGUUCUGGAGGCAAGCACUUUGCCUCGGCUGCAUGCAUGGGUUCAGAAUUUCAAGCAAGUUCCUGUGAUCAAAGACAACCUUCCUGACUACCAAAAAUUGCUGGCCCAUAUGACACGCCUGAGGAAAUCUCGUGUCCCUGAUCAAGUCUGAAACCUACCAAGUCAUACAUAUAUUUUGUAUGCUCUAUGAAUUCCUUUGUUUUCAAUUUGUAUGCUCAGUAUGGACCAAUGUUUAUCAUGAUCAAUCAAUGUCAUAAAACAAUCUUUUUAACUAAAGUCCAUCAUGUAUCACAUCAUCAGAAAAUUACACUUGUGGGAAAUUGAGUUCCCUUUAUGUAGUAAAUGCUUUUUA